GCUGCAGGUCUAACCCCGGGAUAGUUUUUGUUGGUCCAUCAGCUGUUGUUCUUCUGCUGCUGCGGACUGGAGCGGUUUAAACCCGGUUUAUGUGUCCGUGCUAGAGUUGGUCCGGCUGCGGUUCCGAGCUAAACAUGUCCCGGGUUCUGAUAGUCGGAGCGGGCCUGACAGGCAGCCUGUGCGCAUGUAUGCUGAGGAGAGAAAUGCAGAACAAGGUUCAGAUAGUGGUGUGGGACAAAGCCAGGGGCUCCGGCGGCAGGAUGUCCACCACUCGUCCUCCCGACCCGUCGUCUCACUCAGCUGAUCUCGGAGCUCAGUACAUCACGGCUACGCCGGCCUACGCUCAGUCACACCACAGUUUCUACUCGGAGCUGCUGUCCUCCGGCAUCCUGCGGCCUCUCGACUCUCCGGUUGAAGGACUGAAGCAGAUGGACGGCAGCAAGAACUACGUGACGCCACUGGGCAUGUGCAGCGUGGUCAAACACUUCCUGUCUCAGUCAGGAGCUGAUUUGUUCCUCGAGCGUCAUGUGACCGGCCUGUACCGCCGCGGUGCAUCAUGGGAGGUGCAGAGGAAGGCGGGGGGCAGCGAGACGUUUGACGCCGUCAUCCUGACGAUGCCGGUCCCUCAGAUCCUUCAGCUGCAGGGAGACGUGGGACAGCUGCUUUCCGUCCAGCAGAAGCAGCAGUUAGACGGAGUCGUGUACUCGUCUCGUUUUGCCGUCGCUCUCUUCUUCCCUCCUGACGUGGUCUUCAGUUUUCCCUGGGCGGCUCGAUACGUCACUGACAACCCCUGCAUCCGCUACAUCGCUGCAGACUCCCGCAAACGCAACGCAGACGAUCGCGGUCGCGGCCCGUCCCUCGUCGUCCACACCAGCGUCUCGUUCGGCCUUGAGCACCUGGAGAAAGACAAGGAGGACAUCCAGCCAAUCAUCUUACAGGAGCUCCACAAGCUGCUUCCUGGUCUGCCUCAUCCAAUCAGCAUCAAGUGUCAGAAGUGGAGGUACUCCCAGGUGCUGACCUCGGUGCCGGGCUGUCCAGGUCAGAUGACCGUCCUUGAGCGCCCGCUGCUCAUCUGCGGUGGAGACAGCUUCAGCCACUCCAACUUUGACGGCUGCGUGGAGUCUGCACUGAGCAUGCUCAGUAUUCUGAAGGCCUUCCUGUGACGCCGCCGACUUCGACAGGAAGUGACUGUGGACCUGACCUUUACACCGAUCAAUAAUUAAUACAAGUUAACAGUUUAUGAAGCAAUCGAUUACAAAGAAGUGUUUCAGACUUUUUAAAUGACACAUUUCUGACGUUUUCAAGUUUAGGACGGACGUGAUGCGUCUUUAAACUGGACACUAGAGGGUUAACUUGAACCUGGUUCAACUGAGGCCUUCCUGAAAUCUGCCUGAUUUACCUGAGAGCCUAAGCCCCUCCCCUCCCUUUCCUUGAACUGAGUCCUGAAUUACACACGUUUGUCAGUUUAAAAUUAAUUUCACAGUAAAGUCAAAUUUAGUUUUGUGUGAAAACCGCUCAGUGAACUACAUCUCUCGUCUCGCGCAAUAUAUGUCCACCAUGUUAGUGCUGUAAUGCUAAGCUAAUGUUAAUUUUAUGCUUGCUACUAGCUCGUAGCUAACUUUCUAAAGCUAACGUCACUGAAGCUAACUUCCUAGACGUUAGCUUUAAAACGUUAGCUUCAGUGACGUUAGCUUUAGAAAGUUAGCUUCAGUGACAUUAGCAAAAGGAAGCUAGCUUCAGUGACAUUAGCUAUAGGAAGCUAGCUUCAGUGAUUUUAGCUAUAGAAAGCUAGCUUCAGUGACGUUAGCUAUAGGAAGUUAGCUUCAGUGACGUUAGCUUCAGUGACGUUAGCUAUAGUUCAGAUAAUGUCACUGAAGCGAACAGGUGAAGUUAGCUUCAGUGACGUUAGCUAUAGUUCAGAUAAUGUCACUGAAGCUAACAGGUGAAGUUAGCUUCAGUGACGUUAGCUAUAGUUCAGAUAAUGUCACUGAAGCUAACAGGUGACGUUAGCUUCAGUGACGUUAGCUAUAGAAAGUUAGCUUCUUUGAAAGUUAUCUUUCAAACAUUGUGUGUGUAAUUCAACACAAUAAAAAACUUGAAUCCAAACAUGAGUUGCCUUUGGCCGCCAACUAAUGUACAUAUUUAACAAGUUGCCGUGGCAGUCCAUCAGAAGGGGCGGGGCUUAGACUCUCUGUAUAAGGGAGUUCAUUUUAUGAUUUAAGUUCCUCUGAGAACAAACUCAGGUGACAGAAAAUGUUUCUGAACCCUGAAGAGCUCGUUUCACCGUGUACGAGCUGACGCAGCAACACGAGGUCAGCGUGUCUCACCUGGUCACUCACCUGAGGACCCGUCCUGUGUCCUGAUGAAUAAAAGACGCUGCUUCCUCUG